AUGGCGGCGUCCUGCCACGGCUGCAACCAUUGCGACCCUUGCGUGGUUCACAAGCCGCAGGUCUACGGGGGUUACCCCGGGGAGCGCAGGGAAUCCAACAUGGCGGAAGGGGCAGGCCCGGGCGUCGAGCGAGACGAAUGGCGCGUCAGCACGGACUUGAAAGUCGAGGACCUGUGGAAGUAUGCGCCCAGCCCCGGGCCAGAGGUGCUUUCUCCGAAGAAGACGGAUGGUAUCUGCAGCCGCGACCGCAGCGCUCCUGCCGAGCACUGUCGCAACACGCUGAGGACAAACAGCCGCGAGCCAGAACAACACGAGCAAGCGUGGCUUCCCCCACCACCUCCCAGGCCGGCCGCCUACAGUGCGUCCCAGCUACUGCGAGCCAGAACAACACGAGCAAGCGUGGCUUCCCCCACCACCUCCCAGGCCGGCCGCCUACAGUGCGUCCCAGCUAAUGCGAGCCAGAACAACACGAGCAAGCGUGGCUUCCCCCACCACCUCCCAGGCCGGCCGCCUACAGUGCGUCCCAGCUACUGCGAGCCAGAACAACACGAGCAAGCGUGGCUUCCCCCACCACCUCCCAGGCCGGCCGCCUACAGUGCGUCCCAGCUACUGCGAGCCAGAACAACACGAGCAAGCGUGGCUUCCCCCACCACCUCCCAGGCCGGCCGCCUACAGUGCGUCCCAGCUACUGCGAGCCAGAACAACACGAGCAAGCGUGGCUUCCCCCACCACCUCCCAGGCCGGCCGCCUACAGUGCGUCCCAGCUACUGCGAGCCAGAACAACACGAGCAGGCGUGGCUUCCCCCACCACCUCCCAGGCCGGCCGCCUACAGUGCGUCCCAGCUACUGCGAGCCAGAACAACACGAGCAAGCGUGGCUUCCCCCACCACCUCCCAGGCCGGCCGCCUACAGUGCGUCCCAGCUACUGCGAGCCAGAACAACACGAGCAGGCGUGGCUGCCCCCACCACCUUCCAGGCCGGCCGCCUACAGUGCGUCCCAGCUACUGCGAGCCAGAACAACACGAGCAAGCGUGGCUUCCCCCACCACCUCCCAGGCCGGCCGCCUACAGUGCGUCCCAGCUACUGCGAGCCAGAACAACACGAGCAAGCGUGGCUUCCCCCACCACCUCCCAGGCCGGCCGCCUACAGUGCGUCCCAGCUACUGCGAGCCAGAACAACACGAGCAAGCGUGGCUUCCCCCACCACCUCCCAGGCCGGCCGCCUACAGUGCGUCCCAGCUACUGCGAGCCAGAACAACACGAGCAAGCGUGGCUUCCCCCACCACCUCCCAGGCCGGCCGCCUACAGUGCGUCCCAGCUACUGCGAGCCAGAACAACACGAGCAAGCGUGGCUUCCCCCACCACCUCCCAGGCCGGCCGCCUACAGUGCGUCCCAGCUACUGCGAGCCAGAACAACACGAGCAAGCGUGGCUUCCCCCACCACCUCCCAGGCCGGCCGCCUACAGUGCGUCCCAGCUACUGCGAGCCAGAACAACACGAGCAGGCGUGGCUUCCCCCACCACCUCCCAGGCCGGCCGCCUACAGUGCGUCCCAGCUACUGCGAGCCAGAACAACACGAGCAGGCGUGGCUGCCCCCACCACCUCCCAGGCCGGCCGCCUACAGUGCGUCCCAGCUACUGCGAGCCAGAACAACACGAGCAGGCGUGGCUGCCCCCACCACCUCCCAGGCCGGCCGCCUACAGUGCGUCCCAGCUACUGCGAGCCAGAACAACACGAGCAAGCGAGGCUGCCCCCACCACCUCCCAGGCCGGCCGCCUACAGUGCGUCCCAGCUACUGCGAGCCAGAACAACACGAGCAGGCGUGGCUUCCCCCACCACCUCCCAGGCCGGCCGCCUACAGUGCGUCCCAGCUACUGCGAGCCAGAACAACACGAGCAAGCGUGGCUUCCCCCACCACCUCCCAGGCCGGCCGCCUACAGUGCGUCCCAGCUACUGCGAGCCAGAACAACACGAGCAGGCGUGGCUGCCCCCACCACCUCCCAGGCCGGCCGCCUACAGUGCGUCCCAGCUACUGCGAGCCAGAACAACACGAGCAAGCGAGGCUUCCCCCACCACCUCCCAGGCCGGCCGCCUACAGUGCGUCCCAGCUACUGCGAGCCAGAACAACACGAGCAGGCGUGGCUGCCCCCACCACCUCCCAGGCCGGCCGCCUACAGUGCGUCCCAGCUACUGCGAGCCAGAACAACACGAGCAAGCGAGGCUUCCCCCACCACCUCCCAGGCCGGCCGCCUACAGUGCGUCCCAGCUACUGCGAGCCAGAACAACACGAGCAAGCGUGGCUUCCCCCACCACCUCCCAGGCCGGCCGCCUACAGUGCGUCCCAGCUACUGCGAGCCAGAACAACACGAGCAAGCGAGGCUGCCCCCACCACCUCCCAGGCCGGCCGCCUACAGUGCGUCCCAGCUACUGCGAGCCAGAACAACACGAGCAAGCGUGGCUUCCCCCACCACCUCUCAGGCCGGCCGCCUACAGUGCGUCCCAGCUACUGCGAGCCAGAACAACACGAGCAAGCGUGGCUUCCCCCACCACCUCCCAGGCCGGCCGCCUACAGUGCGUCCCAGCUAAUGCGAGCCAGAACAACACGAGCAAGCGUGGCUUCCCCCACCACCUCCCAGGCCGGCCGCCUACAGUGCGUCCCAGCUACUGCGAGCCAGAACAACACGAGCAAGCGAGGCUGCCCCCACCACCUCCCAGGCCGGCCGCCUACAGUGCGUCCCAGCUACUGCGAGCCAGAACAACACGAGCAGGCGUGGCUUCCCCCACCACCUCCCAGGCCGGCCGCCUACAGUGCGUCCCAGCUACUGCGAGCCAGAACAACACGAGCAAGCGUGGCUUCCCCCACCACCUCCCAGGCCGGCCGCCUACAGUGCGUCCCAGCUACUGCGAGCCAGAACAACACGAGCAGGCGUGGCUUCCCCCACCACCUCCCAGGCCGGCCGCCUACAGUGCGUCCCAGCUACUGCGAGCCAGAACAACACGAGCAAGCGUGGCUUCCCCCACCACCUCCCAGGCCGGCCGCCUACAGUGCGUCCCAGCUACUGCGAGCCAGAACAACACGAGCAAGCGUGGCUUCCCCCACCACCUCCCAGGCCGGCCGCCUACAGUGCGUCCCAGCUACUGCGAGCCAGAACAACACGAGCAAGCGUGGCUUCCCCCACCACCUCCCAGGCCGGCCGCCUACACCUUGGGGUUCCCGCGGGCCUGCCGCGCGGAGCGGCGAGAACGGGCGGCGCCUUUCUGGAUGUUUCAAGCGUCGGGUCUGGCCCAGGAUGACGCUACUCGUCACAGCGGCUCUCGUCGGUUCGAGAAGGGCGCCUGA